AUGGAAAAUUGCUCAGCUAAAAUUUAAACAUUUAAAUAAUUAUUUUUUAAAUUAUUAUCUUCUUAAGUAAAUAAAUCACUGUCAUGUAUUUACAAACUAUACUAAUUUUUUGUUCAGUAUGUUUUUUUACCGGCACAGUGAGCCAAGGACUUAGUGCACGUCAAAUAUAUCUCUAUCGUCAAAUGAUAUGGAUAUAUGAUAGGGAUAUUAACAAAAUAAAUCAUGCUUUAAAAUGUAAUGGUAUCAAUUCGAAGUCCAUCGAAGAGAUCUGCAAUAAGUAUAGAACUACUAAAAAUGUUACAGCCACACAAAUCAGCCAGAUUCUGAAUUUAUUGGUUGAAGUUGACAAGUGGGGUGAUGACAGAAAUGUGGAAAAAUUGAGUAUAGAAGAGGUUAAAAAUUUUUCAACUAAAUUCGAUAAUCCUGAUUUAGAAAAAACAUAUGGUAGUUUAAAUAAAGAAGAUUUCAACGAAUUAAUUGAUUCUUUAAUUGAAAAAGAAGUAAAAGUGGACGAGAAUAACAAAAAAAAUCCUAAAGGGUCUGUGGAUGAUUUUGAGAUGGAUAUUAUUGACGAAAACAAGAAAUAUUUCGAAUUAAGUGAUGUAUUGUUAAAAGUAUUACAGUACAAGGCAUACUAUAAUGGAACAAUAUUUGUUGAACAUAAUAUUUGGGAAAUCGUUCACGAUAUAUUAUUAAACAUUUCAAAUUUUAAUGAACCGGAAUCAUUUAAACUUAUACUCAGUAAAGAGAAAUAAAAUCGUCAUCUGUGGAAGUACAGCGCCAAGGCAAUUAAGCAUUCCAUUACAAUUCACUUGAACCAUUUCAUCCCAUUCUUGCAUAUUGCACUUAUCAAAAGACGUGUAAAACAUGACACCCGCAUUUAUGAUUAGUAUAUCAAUUAAACCAACUGUCUUUUCAAUACUUUGUACAACAGUUUUAACCUGAAUAAAGAAAUAUUGUUUAA